AUGUGGGAAGAAUUCUUGACGAAAUCAAAAACACAUAUCGCAAAAGAGUAUGUGCGAGGUUUCUCGAACAGUAGGGCCCUCGACCAACAAAAAAGCACAACGCAGGAAUGCGGACCAAGAAAUACAAAAGCUGCCAUGAGAUGGAGAAUGUUGAGGAAGUUUUUGUUGAGCAAACAAUAUAGAAAUACAGAGCUCGAAGCCUCUUCUGCCACACGUUGCAUAUCGAGUUUUGGUUUGAUCGAAAGGAAAGCGGUUGAACCACCAAAAGCACGAGAUGGUCAUAUAAUUGCAUCACAUUACCAAUGGAUGCAAUUUUCGUUGAAGAAAUAUACAUCAGGCAGUCAUAAACAAUUUUCCAAAAAUUCUCGUGAAUUAAUAAGCAUUGAGGUGAGGGUCAAAACCGAUACAACCAUGAAGGAUUUGGAAAUUGCAGAUAAAGACAAGGUGGACAACACUGGAAAUGUUUGUAUGUGGCCUUCUGAAGAAAUUCUUGCAUAUCAUUGUAUCCACAAAUUAGGAGCUGAGUUUUUUAACGGAAAGAGAGUCCUCGAAAUUGGUUGCGGGAUUGGAGUGGCGGGAUUGAUGAUCGCAAAAGCAUUUCCAUCAAUUACAGAAAUAGUAUUGACAGAUGGGAAUGUAUCAGUAGUGGAAAAUCUGAGAUAUAAUAUAGCUCAUCUUGUGCAAAAUGGUGAUUUGCUCGAUGACAAAAUUACGUGCUCUCAAUUAUUAUGGCAAAACAAUGCACAAUUGGAGAUGUUGGGAACAUUUGAUGUCAUUCUUGCAGCUGACUGUUUGUUUUUCGAGGAGUACCACAACGAUCUUGUGACCUUAUUGAAAAAAUCUGCAGACGGUAGACAGUUAUCAGUAGUUAUGUUCAAUCCAAAAAGAGGAAAAAGUUUAGAAAAUUUCAUUUCUAAAUUCCAACUUCAAUCACCCCAGGCAUCCGUGUUCAUCGAUGAGAAGUAUGAUGAUAAUAUCUUCAAUACUCAUUUAAGAUACGAAACGGAAAAUGCGCUCUAUUCUAAGGACAACCAUUAUCCUUUGUUGUUGGAAAUCAAGUUUUAA